AUGAAAAAGCACACGUAUAGCAAAAUGCAAAUCGAUAACUUGUUUAUCAAAGCUAUUUAUAGCAAAUGGGAAGUUCCGAUGGUGAAAUUAACUGCAGAAGACAUAGCAAACUAUAAAUUGAGCCUAAUUAAAAAUAAGGAUACACCCAAAGAAGAAGAUAAUAAUGCAUUAAAACAAGAUGAGACAUGUAAAACCAAUACAACAUCUAAAGAUGAUAAAAAGUCAAAAGUCGUUAAAACAUCAGAAAACAGUAAUACAUCUGUAGAUGACGAGCCUGUUAAAAAAAAACAGAAGUUAAAUAAAAAUGAAACAGAUGUUUUGAAAUUGGUAUUAUCUAGAGAGAGUGAAACAGUAAAUGGAAUUAAACACCCUAUAAAUGUCAACAAUCAUAUAAAAGAGGUAAUUUAA